AUGAAAGGCGAGAACCAGUUGUGGCCGACGACAGUACGAGAUCGUGUGUCGCUCACUGCCGAUGCCGUGUGUCUUAUGCAGCCCCCGUAUAUGCAAAUUCACUGUAGUAGAAAGCAAUACAUAGCAGGAGAUGAUUAUGAACCGUAUACGAAGGCUGCAGUUCAGCUGACUGCUGAUGGUCGGCUCAAUGUGAUGAACGUUCUGUUAUGUGAUGUGUUCGAUGAUAAGUCUUGCGUCAUUUUGCUUUGA